ACGACGUACUUCUGUGAUAAAGACACCUCUUGCUCUAAUGGGGCUUGCUGUGGUGUGACCGAUGACCAGGGUAUCUGCGGAUAUGGGAGUGAAUUCUGUGGAGAUACUUGUGUAAGUAAUUGUAAUGCUACAGCUGCGUGUGGUAAAGACGCUGCGACUCCAGGAACUACUUGUCCUUUAAAUAAUGGGGGUUCUGUGGAACCUCCACUGACUUUUGCAAUACCAGUUCAGGCUGCCAGAGCAACUAUGGAUCACCAACUACUCCCUCAUGCUCUUCAAAUGAUGUGUACAAAUGAGUCAUUGGCUACUACGAAGGGUGGUCCACCUAAGCGAUAUUGCCGCCUCGGGCCUAACUCAUCUCUACUAUUCCUUCGCAACUUUUUCACCAGCCCCUUAUAUUGUUUAUCUCCAUUGGAGGAUGGUCCUUUAACGACGGUGACACAGCUUCAUACUGGUCUGAAAUGGUAUCUACCCUAUAGGGCCGGAACUCGUUUGCUGUGCAAGUCUUAG